AAUACUGUUCCCGCUGUUCUCGCGGUUCUUCAGCGCUUGGCAACGUGCACGCUGUGUCCUCGUACGGACCAAUGAGAUCACCGUCAACGAUCGAGUCCAGCCAAUCAGAAUCCAGCGUUUGUGCGCACGUUUGAAAAUCGGCUUGCUUGCUUGUUUCUCGUCAGUUUGUUUCUCAACACAAACAAAAGACUGUAACGUUUUUAAAACUAAAACGCAUACAAAACAAUACAAGACACAGGAAGUUAAGCACAAAGGACGAGAAGUGACUGUGUUACGUCUGAGGUCUGGACCUGCUGUGUGCAUGAUGCCAUCCACAGCUGAAGACUGAGGUGAUGCUCACCAUAGCAUGUGGAUCUUAUGGGAAAUGCCAGAAAAUCAGAUGGAAAGAUUCUGGUUUGGAAAGUGCUGGACUAUGGCUCCACGGCUGAGGCAGAGAAACAGAUGCUGGUGUCGGAGGUCAAUUUGCUCCGUGAGCUGAAGCACCCAAAUAUCGUCCGAUACUACGACAGAAUUAUAGAUAAGACGAACACGACAUUAUAUAUAGUGAUGGAGUACUGUGAGGGUGGAGAUCUCGCCAGUCUCAUCAACAGAUGCAUCAAAGACAGACGAUACCUGAAAGAAGAAUUCAUCCUGCGUGUGAUGGCACAGUUGUCCCUGGCUUUAAAAGAGUGCCAUGGUAGAAGUAACGGCAGCAGUACAGUACUGCACAGUGACCUGAAACCCGCAAACAUCUUUUUGGAUGUCAAGCAGAAUGUAAAACUUGGUGAUUUUGGUUUAGCUCGGAUACUGAACCAUGAUACAAGCUUUGCUAAAACAUUUGUCGGAACUCCAUAUUACAUGUCGCCGGAACAAAUUAACCGCACGUCCUACAAUGAAAAAUCAGAUAUAUGGUCUUUGGGUUGUUUACUUUAUGAACUAUGUGCUUUAUCUCCCCCAUUUACAGCAUACAAUCAAACAGAACUGGCUGGAAAAAUCAGAGAAGGGAAGUUCAGAAGAAUCCCAUACAGAUACUCUAAUGAUCUGAACACAGUUCUUUCAAAAAUGCUCAACUUAAAGGACUAUCUGAGGCCCUCGGUGGAGUCCAUUCUGCAGAACAGCUUGAUCUCGGGCUAUGUAGCCCAGGAGCAGAAGAGGCUUCAGGAGAAGCAGCGGCGCAGAUCAGUAGACGUAGAGCAGCCAAAACAUCCAGAGCCGUCGCUUCUAGCAGAGCUGCGGCUGAAGGAGCAGAUUCUACGCGAGCAUGAACAGGCCCUCAAAGAGCGAGAGCAGAGACUAGAGCAGAAUGAAGAGAACAUCUCUCCGGGAAAGAAGAGGGUUCACUUUGCAGGAGAUGGCAAGGAGAACAGCAGACCUGAGAGCAGACUGAUCACUAAACCUCAAGAACAUCGUCUUGUAAAGAGGCAUCAAUGGGCUAACAUGUAUAUACCGGCUCUUGGUGAAGAAGAAAAGAUUUAUUCACCAAAGCCUAGAGAAAUGCAGGGCAUCCGCUAACCAUGAACCACAAUGUACUACUGAAAGUGGUGCAUUAGUCUGAUCAAGUCAAGAGUAUAUAUAUAUAUAAUAAUAUUAUUAUUCAUUUUUUUGUAUGUUGUGUACAUUAGGAAAUAAGAUUUCUGCUUUUAUUUAUUUGUAGCAUUUGUACAGUACAGUGGAACAACACUUCAUUUUUGGUCAUAACACUGCAUUAUUUUAUCAAAGAUAAUGUGUUGUAUUGUCAUUUUAUAGAUGUUUUAUUACUGGGAUUAAUGUUUUA